AUGUCGGAGCCAUUCCCUUGGGAACUCGGCGUCCACGAUGCCCAUUGUCACCCCACCGACACAAUGGCCUCGGUGUCCGACAUCCCGCACAUGAAAACGACAACAUUGACGAUCAUGGCCACACGUGGAGAUGACCAGGAUCUUGUACAACAAACAGCCGAGUCUUAUUCUGCCCAAUCAAACACGGACUGUACAGAUCGUAAAGAUCGCGUAGUCCCCUGCUUCGGUUGGCAUCCAUGGUUCUCGCAUCAAAUCUCGAACACAGCUCCAUCAGACCUCCAAACUAAGAAAGACCACUACGACAAUGUCCUAGCGCCCUCACCAGUCGAAGACCAAGCUUUUAUCGACUUGCUCCCCGAUCCAAAACCCCUCUCCGAGCUCCUCUCCGAGACCCGAGCUCGUCUCCAAAAAUUCCCUACCGCCCUAGUCGGCGAGAUUGGUCUAGACAGAUCUUUCAGAAUCCCAGGUCCAUGGACCGAAGAAGAACUCGAGAAGCGCAAUGAUCAAGUAACGCCAGGUUCACGCGAAGGUCGUCGUCUCUCGCACUACCGUGUCAAGCCAGAGCACCAGCGCACAGUCCUGAAAGCGCAGCUUCAAUUAGCAGGGGAGAUGAACCGAGCCGUCUCAUUACACAGUGUGCAGGCGCACGGUGCCUUAGUCGAUGUCUUGAAAGAAGUAUGGGCAGGUCAUGAACGAGUUGUCCUCUCACGACGAAAAAGAGACAAACAGCGGGACGCGGAGUGUGCGGACUUCGAGGAUGAAGAAGACGCUACCACCACGCCGAAUCCAUUUCCGCCUCGCAUAUGCAUGCAUUCGUAUUCCGGAUCUGUGGACCCAAUUCGACAACUCAUGCAUAAGUCUAAUCCGUCGGAUGUCUACUUUUCAUUUUCUAGUUUGAUCAAUUUCAAUGGUGCGCCGGCAAGGAAGAUUGCUGAUGUUGUCAAAGCGCUGCCCGAAGACAGAAUCCUGAUCGAGAGUGAUCUCCACAAGGCUGGCGAGGAGCUAGAUGCGUUAAUGGAGGACGUGGCCAGGCGGAUUUGCGAACUACGUGGGUGGGAAUUGAGGCAUGGCGUUCAAAUUCUAGCCGAUAAUUGGCAACGGUUUGUCUAUGGUUAG